AUGUCGCCGCUUCUCCCCGGUCUCUUGUGUCACUCCGACUACGAUAGCGACUAUGAUAGUGGUAGCCCUUCGUCCCCGUCACAACUGCGGAGAGACGGCUACGAACUUGAUGCAGCCAACACGCUACCCCUAGAACAGAUCUUUUUCCAUGAGUCCCAAUACCCUUCCUUUCGCAGCGCGAUAACAAUUACAACAACAACGACUACCUCUAUCGAUACACCUUCCUCGAGAUGGCGCCGCAUCCGGACAUCGCUGCAGCGACCGAGAAGAGAAUCAAUCACUGAGAAAAGAAGAUACACAGCCUUGGAAAAGGAGAAGUGGGCGUCUGUCUCUUCCCUAUCUUCCCAAUACUCGCCAGAUGGUAUUGUAUCAACUGGCGAGAUUGAUGUGGCACCCCAGACAACUCAUGCCGUCGCAUUGCGUGAUCGAUACAGAACAGAGUGCUCGCACUGCGGAAUCGAGGCGGGAUCUUCCAUCAACGCCAGACGCGCGCGACCGAGCAUCGAAGACAUGCCGCACAAGUCCUCGGGAUGGCAUACGCAGGAUACUUGGAAGUGUCUUGAGCUGCCAUCCGUAGCGGAUGCUGAGACCGAGGGCUCGUUCUUCCGAGGCUGUCGCUGCCCGUACCCUCUGUCUAGUUGCGCCAGCAGAAGGACACUCGAAACCGCAGACACAUCACGAUCAGUCAAGCGCCGCAGAAGCGUAUACGUCGAGAAGCUGCGGUGCCGGCAGAGUUGCCAGGACAUAGAAUUGCCGUGCUGGCGGGCAGUUCCGGUGAGGGAGUCGGAGACCUCAGAGGAAGAGAAGAUGUUGGAACAGAACAACGGCGGGAAACAGCAGUCCGAAGGGAUUGCAUCCCACGAAAUGGUGAAGAAAAUGUUGAUGGGAAUUCUGAGGGUGUUACGCUUCAGUAUGAGGCCAUCUACCGCCAAGGUCGAGUGA